AUGACUAGUACAAAUGCUGUGCCACAGGUUGAUCGAGAGCUAGAUUUGUCGAAUACCGGCCGUGGUGUGUGGUUAGUGAAAGUGCCUAAAUAUAUAGCAACAAAAUGGGAUAAAGCUCCUGGAGACAUUGAAGUUGGGAAAUUGAAAAUAUCCCGCGUAGCUCGUCAGAAGCCUCAGGUUCAGUUAUCAUUGUCGGAGGGUGUAUUAUGUCUUAAGGACCCUGGAGAGCAGAGUAUACCUAAAGAACAUCGCCUGGAUGUAUCAAAUGUAACAAGACAAUCCUUGGGGGUUUUCUCUCAUUUAGUGCCUAAUCAAACCGAUUCUGUGGUACCAGAAUCUGAAAAGUUGUAUAUGGAAGGGAGGAUUGUACAAAAGUUAGAAUGUAAACCAUUUGCAGAUUCAAUAUACUAUAAGCUUAAGUCAGAAUCUAUUAGAAAGGCUUCAAUGCCUCAAAGACAAGUACAGCAAUUAGACAAAAUUGUUCAAAACUUUAAACCAGUUUCAGAUCAUAAACACAAUAGAGAAUAUCGAGAACAGAAAAAAGCAGAGGGCAAGAAAGCCCGAGAUGAUAAGGAGGCUGUGCUUAAUGUUUUAUUUGCUGCCUUUGAGAAACAUCAAUAUUACAAUAUCAAGGAUUUGCAAAAGAUAACCAGACAACCGAUUGUAUACCUUAAAGAGAUUUUAAAAGAAGUAUGUAAUUAUAACUUGAAGAAUCCACAUAAAAAUAUGUGGGAACUGAAACCAGAGUACAGACAUUAUAAGCAAGAUGUCCCUGUUGAAACAAAAGAUGACAAAAAUAGCUCAGAUAGUGACUAA